AUGGUUGUUCUGACGCCUCCUCGCUACUGCUCCUCCGUUCGAAUUGUUCCUCCGGCUGUGUUCCUGUUCGGGGGAACUCUAGUCGAUGCUGGAACCAACGGUUUCUUGCCUUACAGCACGGCAAUUGCGGCCAACUUCCCCUUCUACGGGAUCGAUUUCUUUGAUUCUGUGCCUCACGGCAGAUUCUCCAAUGGCCGCGUUGUCGCCGACGAAGUUGCUAGGAGAAUCGGUUUUGAAAUGAGUCCGCCGUCGUACCUCUCCUUGGUAGCCGGCGGUUACCCUUCCUACAAAUUCAACCGGACUAUAACAAGCCGGGGGGUCAAUUUCGCUUCAGCAUUCUCCGGCAUUCUCUCCUCAACCGGUCGCGCUUAUGGUCAAGUGCCAUAUCCACAGCAGGUCCGGCAGUUCUCGACGUCGGUGGCCGGAAACCUUACAGCUGUACUGGGGCAACCGGGUUCCGCCAAUUUUAUUCGCCAGUCUUUCUUUCUAUUCAGCGUUGGAGUCGGUGAUACGGUGGAGUACAUACAGAAUCUCACCGCCGGCCGUCCCUAUUAUCGCUCCGAUGACCUCUUCCUAGACGCGUUGAUAUCCCAAUUCGUCGGUGGUCUUCUGGAUCUAUACGCUGUCGGGCUGCGGAGGAGUGCCAUAGUGGCGCCUCCGCCUAUUGGGUGCCUCCCUUAUUUCCGCGCCUUGAACGCUACCGGCGGUUGCAAUGCCAGAGCAAAUUCGUUGUCUCAAGCUAUCUAUCAACGCCUCACUCUGGCUUUGAGAAGCCUUGGCGCUUCAGCUCCAGGUCUCAUUUAUGCCAUCGGAAAUACCUACAGAUUCGUUUCGGACCUCCUCGCGUUCCCUGAGGGUGCAGGUUUGAAAGAGCUAAGAGCUCCGUGCUGCGGAAACGAGGCAACGCCGUGUAGUCCAACUGCUACAUUAUGCAGGAACCGUACCGAAUAUUUGUUUUGGGACCAAUACAGUGUAACCGAGUACGCCGUCGGGCUGCUUGUUGAAGCUUUUUUCAGCGACAACACGGAUUACGUCAGCCCUAUCAACUUCGGCCAGCUGCUGAUUAAAUAUUGA